GUUGCAGAUCAUCGUGUGGUGGUUCUUCACGAAGGUGGCGCUGCACAGCGGAAGCGGGGGCAGCGGAGGCGGUGGUGGGGGCAGUGGCGGGGGUGGCAAGCACGGCAACGUCAACAGCAACAGCCACGCGUCGCAGCACGCAUGCGCGUCACUGUGCGACGAGAUGGUGGUGCUGUGGCGGUUGGCGGCACUCAAUCCAGGCAUCACACCGCACGAGCGUCGCACCCUCCAGCAGCAGUUCAACGAUUGGAAUGCCAAGAUCAUCAACAAAAUAAAGACGAGGAGUGUAACAACUACGAGCAGCAGUAGCAGCAGUCACAACGCGGCCAAUCAGGCCAGCCGGCAGUCCUUCCCGGGCCUGGAGGUGUUUGCCGGGUUUAAGCCGGCCAUCGAGGCAUGCGCACUCGACUGGGAGGACUACCAGAUCCCGGAGGUCACCUACAGUGACGGAGCCUCCUGGCUCUACUACACACAGCCCUUCACCUGCUUCCGCCAGGGCAACGAUGCCAAUAAAGAGCAGCACACCACUAAUCCGGUGAAUGCAUCUCCAGCUGUGUUGAACUUCGAGCACCAUCGCCACAUCGGUCAUCACAACUAUCAUCACCACCCUCAUCUCCACCACAGUUCCAGCGCCAAGCGCACCGCCUUUCAUUUUCCUAUUCUCCUCCGUCCUCAGGAUAGACGCUACAGCAGAGGCUAUAGCUCAGAUGCGGGCCUGAACAUGCCUUCACUGCGCAUGCCGACCAGCCACAACGGAAACCGCAGCUCAGUCAGCAGCGAAGGCUUCUGCGAGAACGACGAGAACCCCGUGCAGGAGGAGACUGACUCGCAAGAAGGAGGUGGAAGCGAUCUGUCGUCAUCGAGCGGCGAACGUGUUUGCCUGGACGAUUCAAGCUCAGUGUUUGCGUCCGCCUCCGCGCUGAACUGCCCCCCCAACAAGGGCUCGGGAGGCGGCACCAGCUCCACUCCUCAGCCGCACACCUCCUCAUCGUCAUCGGCAGUUGCCGCCUCCUCUGCCUCCUCCUCACCAUCGUUUGUCUGCAACGACGCGCCGCCUCCGCAGUCCACACAGCCCCAGCCCCAGCCAGCCCACGACAAUCGAAGCCACAUGAAAGAUAGCAAAAUUAUGCCUUGGCUGUCACAGGCGGAGAGUGACGCAGGACCCAGUCGAGUGGUGGGAGUGGUGGAGGGAGGAGUCAGCCGCCGCCUCUCCAAGGACGACUCUCUCUCUUCCUCCAACUCGGACUCGCAGCAGUCGGGCGACGAGUACAACGUGUACUUCUUCGACCCGAAGACAAUGGGGCCCUCCAACGGCACUGGCAGGGGCCAAUCGUCCGAUUCCAAUGCUAAGCAGGACACGUGGAACGAAACUGAAUUGGCAUUAGAGAAUAUGAAAGGCUCUACAGAUCCGUAUGAGAUCCUUUUCGCCAGAGCGGAAGGCCUCCACGCUCAUGGCCACAGCAAGGAAGCGUGCACCCUGGGCGUCGAGUUGGCUGAAAACCUUCUUGCCAAUCCUCCUGAUCUCAUGAUCGAAUUGCCCCCAAUCCUGAGCAAAGGAAAACGUAAAAAGCAGCAGUUGAACCCAGCGUCACACCAGCUGAGCGUGUUGGCGUCGGACACACUGGCCAAGUGUGCCUUCCUGUGCACAGUGUUGGCCGAGAACCCCGAGUACUACCACCUUGCCUUCAGAGUCGGCCUGUUUGGCCUCGAAAUGGCUCGGCCACCAGCCAGCACCAAGCCAUUGGAGGUGAAACUAGCCAACCAAGAAUCUGAACUAGUUAAUCUACUGAAGCGGAUACCUCUGGAUGAGUGGGAACUGAGCAUCAUUAGAGAGAGAGCGCAACAGCUGAAGGAUGGCACACUGCGAUCGCGGGGCGAAGCGCUGCUACCCAUCAACCUGGCUGGAUUUCUCCUUGAUGCUCUCAUCACAUCUUCAAAUAAUCGUGCCUAUGCGCCUAAUGGGCAUCAGCUGUCGGACGAAUCACUCGGCUUCGAGGCAGCAGUCGCCGCACUCGGCCUCAAGGCAAACAUCUCCGAGGCUGACCAUCCACUGCUCUGCGAGGGAACAAGACGCCAACGGGGUGACCUGGCGCUGACUCUGUUGGUGUUGUACAAAGACAACCCGUGCAAGUUGGCGCGCAUCAUGGAGAAGCUGCUAGACCGCGACGUGCACCAGCUGGUGAAGUCACCGGUGCCUAUAUCCUACUACUCGAGCAAUCCGCCCGUCAAGAGCCAGCACGGCUGUCGGCCGCCACCACUGCGCAAAGACACGCACCCUCACCCCCACGCCCAUGCCCGCCCCCACCCUCACCACAUGGACAACACCCAGCCACCCCUCAUGUGUCCCUCGUCGCCGCCCCAGCCGCCCUAUGUCGCCACCCUCGUUCUCGAUCCCACUCUAGUGCUCAGUGGCAGCAAUGGAAGCGGCGCUGGUAGCCGCCCGCACAGCUGCAACAGUGCCGAACUGGAGGUGGGCCUAGCUGGUCUACCGCCCCCUCCAACCCCCACCACCUCCACCCCCGUCACCUCAUCCAGGUCCAAGGAGUCCUGCGCUAUCGGUCGUCGUGGCAAGCGCGCAUGUCCGUCGAUCCCAAACCAGCCAUCGGAGGCGGGUGCACACUUCACGUUCGAGCUGGCCAAGACAGUGUUGAUGAAGGCGGGAGGCAGCAGCUCUACGUCCCUGUUCACACAGGUCUCCUCGAGCCAGGCGCACCACGGGCCGCAUCGCGCCCUGCACAUGUGCGCCUUCCAACUUGGCCUCUACGCGCUUGGCCUGCACAACUGUGUCUCGCCCAACUGGCUCAGUCGCACCUAUUCCUCCCAUGUCUCAUGGAUAACCGGACAAGCGAUGGAGAUAGGCGCGCCGGCGAUUUCGUUCCUGAUGGACACGUGGGAGGGCCACCUGACGCCGCCAGAGGCCGCCUCGAUCGCCGACCGCGCGUCCCGCGGCUGCGAUGACAACAUGGUCUACGCUGCUGCCGAGCUCGCCCUCUCCUGUCUGCCGCACGCGCACGCGCUCAAUCCCAACGAGAUUCAGCGCGCCAUAUUACAGUGCAAAGAACAAAGUGACCUGAUGCUCGAACAAUCGUGCCUAACCGUGGAGAAUGCUGCCAAAGGAGGUGGAGUAUAUCCCGAAGUGCUGUUCCAAGUGGCCAAGUAUUGGUACGAGCUGUUUGUUGGGCACACACCUGGUGGCGAGCAAAUGAUGGAGCUGGAACAAGCGCCAGACGAUGGUUCAGCAGCUGCGGCUGCGGCGGUUCAGGGCCUAGCACUGGUCGACACGAGCAUGCCUCCUCUGCCGCCUCCACCGCCCCCACCCGCCCCAUUCGGCAUGCCCUUCGCCGUGGCCGCGCCCUACGGCUAUGCUAUCCACCCGCACCCUCCAACCUUCCAGCUGGCCGCCGCCCCCACCCACCACAUCCAGAUCCCUACCUACCACCUGCCGCCCCCACCCACUUUCCAGUACCCGCCCCACGCCUCCAACCAACAGCAGUGCAUCAACUACUUCAACGUGCGUCCCAUUAACAAUCACCAAAUGCUCGCGCCCAUGGCUUCUACUCUCCAGACAACAACCACUAUUCACGUUACGCCAAACCAAGGGCAGCUGGUGCUGACUCAGGCGAGUGGAUCGCAGGCGAUCGCUCAGCAGGCAGUGGUGGCGACUGGAGUCGUGGCCGGGCCUCAGGUCAGCCGCCUGCAGCCGCCCCCGCCCCAACAGGUCCCGGUGCACAGACACAAUCUGACGAGCGUGCAACUGCGCUACCUGUUGGCCGCGUACCGGGUGGGCAUGCUGGCGCUGGACACGCUUGCACGACGCGUGCACGAUGACCGACCGCAGGCCAAGUACGCGCGCAACCCGCUCUACGGCGAGGACGUCAAGUGGCUGCUGCGUGUCUCCAAGAAACUCGGCACUCAGUACCUGGUGCAGUUCUGCCUGUGCGCAGUAAACAGCAUCGUGAGUCCGUUUGUGCUGCAUGACGUGGCUCUGGAGGCGGCGCACUACUUGGCGCGCAACAACCCCGCGCUCGUCGUGCAACACCUGCGCUCCAACCUCGCGCCGCUCGUGCAAAAGUGCCAGCAGAUGUAUAUACAGUGCAUGCAUCUGAAACUUUAUCAUCUGAGUGCGCCUGACUACGAAGACUUUGUGUCGAUUGUCUGCUCAGCCAGAGCUGCAUUCCAAAUCACACCCGAAGGAAACGCGCAGUUCAAAGAAUGGCUGCAGUCUAUAAGACGGUCCAAGUCGUGUAAGAAAGAUCUGUGGAGUCAGAUCAACACAGCACUGCAGGCUGCAAGCAAAUGACAAAGGUCCGACUUAGGCACCGCACUGGCCAUGAUAGGCAGUGGGGAGGGUGGUGGUGGGGGGGCUUGGUCCCUCGCGGUCCCCCCACUUCACCACUCCCCCGAGCCAGAGGGGCCAGCACUGCCCAACCUCUGGACUUCUUGAGGUUCUGCCUGUCGACGUGCGUUUAAUUAAUUAAUCUAGCUUUUGCCACCUUUUCUCAAUAGCUGUUUCAACUGAAUUUCCAAAAACCGACUUCGAAUUCAUUAUUUGGUGAGGUAGCAUUAUUAUUGCGCAUGCGUCCUACUUUUCAUACAUUCGCAAUACAUAUGUUAAAUAAGUUGAAUUUCAACUUAGUUUGAGGAAAUUUCAACGAAACUGCUAUUGAAAAAUAGGUGGGUUAAUUUGGCCUGGUUGCCACCGGUUCUCAUGCAACGCAUCUGCGUAGAUGGAUCUCUAGAAUUCAGCGUAUAUCAAUUAAUAUUAUCGUCGGUAGUAAAUUAAUCUAUUUGUUAUAGUAGCAUUAUAUUCUUAGUUUUAAUAGGAAAUUCAAAGCGAAAUAGUUUAUUUCAAUAUUCUCGUUGACUUUCAAGUAUUACAAAAUAGUGUGAAAUUUUUCAAAAAACCUAGAGUUUCUUUCUCUAAACGUUUGUUUUUAGCAAGAUCUGCUGUUAGUUAUUUCAUUUAAUUCCAAGUUCAAUUUUUUUAAGGUAUUCUCCAAUACUUGAAUAGUUGAUUUGUUUAAUGAUUAUAUUGCUGUUUCCACUGUGAAAACGCAAGAUAUUAAAUUCGAUCCAGUGUAUCGAAUAAUUAUAUUUCUUUUCAAUUCAAUUAUUUUGUGAUUCGAUCGAUAUUCUAUAGAUAUUAUUACGUUGAGAUUGGUUGUACCUGUUCAAGUAUUUAAUUUCUGUGUGAUUGACUUGAUAUUACUUUGAAUAUCCAAAUAGUGUGGCAACUUCUCGAAUGAUACUUAAUUCUCCCCUAUCCCUUUCAGUGCAUGCAAGGAAACUUGGUAGUUCAAAACUGUACUUAUUCUAAGAUACCUAUCAAACUCAUAUUCAUUGAUUGCAUGAAAAGGCAACAAUGAUAUAAACAUAACUUUAAAAUUCGAUAUACAUCAUUUUCAAAUUGUUUGAAAUAAAUUAUGUAUAAUAGUACAUCAUAGUCACUGACAAAUGAUUGUUCAAUACAUACUUAUUAAUACCAUAUGUUACAAAAUUGUAAAGAAAAAAAUAUCAUGCUUCUCCACUGAAAUUUAAGCCUGUGUGUGGUUGGAAAAUUAGGAAAACGUUUUUUUUAGCGUGAGAUAAAUCGUCUUUUUAAAUGUAUAAUAUAUUCUUAGUACAGUAUAUAAGUAGGUUAAUAUAAUUAAUGUUAAUAAUAUGACUGUAUCGUCAAUAACCAAGCAAUUAUAUAGUAAUUAAAAAUAACAAAAAAUAAAAUAUAUUUUAAAGAGAUGAAUAAUAUUGUCAAAACUGUUUGCAACAAUCUUAAAUUUAUAAUGAAAUAGAAAUUAAUGAGAGGAUUGAGAGUAUCGAUGCAAUGAUGAACUUUUUAUUAAAAACGUAUUAUUAUACUAACAGCAUUAACACAAAUAACUUGAAACAGAAAACUGUUAACUAAAAGAAUCAAUACAAAUAUAACCUAUAACAAAAAACAGUUCUGUUGAACAUAUUGUGACUUUGUUUAUUGAAUUAUCAUUCAAUGUAAUAUAAGAAUAUUUUAAAGCUUGGCUAACAAUUUCAAGAAAUAAAUUACAAUAUCAAAUGUCACACUAUUGUUGAAAUACGUUGUGACUAAAACAAAUAAAGUUACAAAUAUUGUAAUCUAAUAUAUUUGCCUAGUAAUAGUAGUUUUUAAUCCUUAAUAAUUGUUGUUAUAAAACAGAACUCUCACUUCAUUUUGUUAUUGAUAUUUCUCUAAUUAUAAAACCACUUCACUAGCAUCGGCUACUUUUAAAAAUUAAAAAACACAAUAUAAGGACAUAAAGUACCCUCUAUUUAAAAUAUUUCAAAAGAACAAUUUAAAAUUUAAGAAUAUUUCAAAUAAAGGGUACUUUAUGACCUCAUGUUGUGUUUUUUAAUAAUUUCCCAAUUCAUCAAUACAAUUUUUUCCAUUAUAAAUUGAGAUUAAUCCUAAUCCUUAUGUUAUUAUCUUUUGAAAUAUUCAAGAUCCUACAAGUUUCCUUGCUUAUUGCACAAUUGAAGCAUCUCAUUGUGAGCUGUUAUCUAGAAACUCAUCCUUGCUCAAAAUUUGUUCUCAUUUUAAAAUGUUGUAUAAUUAUGUACUUUGCUCAAAUUCAAUUGUUUUCUUCUGUAAAUGAAUGGGUGUAAUUUUUCAUUCGAGAAGUUGUAUUAUUUAGUACUGUUCUUUAAUAUUUAGUUCUUGUAUGUAGAGAUUAAAUCAUAUUUAUGUUAACUUUACUCUAUUCCUUUGAGGUUGAUAUUAUAUUUUUUCAGAUAAUUUAUUUCUUGUGAUUUCUUUUGUUCGAAUUGCUGAAUAAACCUAUUGCCUUCUAGUCUUCAUCUUUUGUCAAUAAUAUAAAUAAUUGAUUAUAAAAAUUAAGUGUCUUAAUCAUGUUGCCCUUGCAAAUCUAAGUAGAUACAAAAUUUUCAGUUCUCACAUGUUUUUCACAAUAAUAUAUAUAAAACGUUUUUCAUCAAUAACAUGAUUUUUCCUGUGUAUAUACAUACUUCAACAUACACUUUCAUCAGAAAUAAUUAUUUCUUCUUUACAUGAUUUAUAAGUUAAUUUCUUAUUCCCACUCGUCUCAUUUAAUAUUGAUUUUCAAGUUAUUGAUAAUUGGAGUAAGAUAGUAAUGCAUUUCUCAUGCUCAUCAUCAUCAGUCAGUAGUUAUGCAAGGGCAUUUAUAUUUCACUAGUUCCAUCUGAGAAAGUAAUAAUAGUAAAUAAUUAUUAAUUGAAUAUCACUUCAUCAACUAUCAUCAAUUCAUUUUAAAAGUAAUGAACUUGACAUGAGUUUGUCUUCCUAAUGUAAAUUAGAAUUGAUGUUGAUAAUAUUAGUCUCCUAGUGUAUUAUAAGUUCAGACAACUUAUAAAACAAUAUAGAUAGGUACAAACUGAAUUAUACUCAUAAAUGUCAAGGUUUUUUUAGGAAAGUGCCAUUCUAAGGAAACUGAUUAAUCGUCUCACUGUUCUCUAAAUGGGCCAAAAGUAAUAAUAAAAUAAUAGAUUUCUUUUUGUAAGUUUAUGCAUCGUACAAUAGCUUAAAUAGUGGCCGUAAUGAUUUACAAGCACAUUGAAAAUUGUAUGUGACUCUUCGAUAAUUAUUUUCAAAACAGUUUUUCCAUUAUUCACGCUUUACAGUACUAUGUUGCUUGAAUUGAAAAAAAUAUGUCUCAAAUUAAUCGAAACUUGUCAAUAAUAAACUCGAGAAUUCAUCCGUUAUUCUUUUGAUGCAUGAUAUUAAUAUCAAUCUACUUGCAGUAUGAUUUAUCAGCCUUAUGAAUGUGUCAAAAGAUAAGACUUAUAAAGUUGGAGAUUAACAAACUUAUUAUAGUUAGAAAUAAUGGUUGAACAUUUCAUGAAAAUAUUGAAUAGAAUAGCUAAUAGGUCCUUAAUAGAAAAAUAAAUAUUGCAAAUCCGUCAAAGCAAUUUAACAGCUAAAUUUGAAUACUAUUAUUUUUUAUUUUAUCGAUUUUAUGACUUGAAUGAUCAAAUAAAAUAUGAUUUAUUUAUAAAGUAGAUAGCAAAUAAUUUCAUCGUUAUCGAUCGAUAUAAAAUGUAUGAUCGAUUUUUUGUAAUAUAAUAGAUUUCAUUCAAGAUUAGUCCACUUGUAGAAAAUUGUGUGAAAUCAUGUAUCCUCGUACUGUAUUCGAACAAUGGAUUGCUGAGAAUUCUUUUAUAAAGAGCAUUAUUGCGAUUCAGUUAAAUAAAUUCACUGAUUCUCAUAAAAUUAUUUUGGUGCAUGGAUAUUUAAUUCACGAUUUAAAAAGUGGUAAGAAUGAGGUAAUCAAUUUGGGCUAAAUGUCUACAAUUCGAUCCUUGGCUCAAAAACAUCUCGCGUUGAAUAUUAUUCUACAUCAUAAGAGAAAUUUGUUGCAUUAACAAUCCAAAUGUGCAUUCUUGUUAGAAAAUGAAUUUAGUAUCUAAGAAAAGGCAUUAUAUUGCCUUUUUCAUAUUCUUGUCAUUCCACUUGUGAUACGGCAAAAUAAAGUUGGAUUCCCAUAUAUCAGUAUCGGUGAACGUGUCCAGUAAAUUGAGAAUAUUAUUGCCAUAAGUUGCAAGCUAGUAUUUAUACUAACUCGGCCGGGCUGAUUGGGAGUAGUCCCAUCUCAUUUUCACUGAACGGUUCACUGGCUUUGGAAACGAGACGGGGCCGCAUUACCUGUCCUUUGGGUAUUGCUUCAUAAAGAUUCAUCCUUCAACUGUUCCCUGAUUCCUUCAACUGAAUCCUGUGAACCCUCAUCAUACACUCACAUCGAUUUUGGACGUACUAUAAAAGUUAGAUAAAAGUGGUCUAGUGGUCGUGAAGACAGUGGCGCAUGUGACCAAACCGGCGUCUUUAUACACAUUGGAUUUUGUUCAAACGUCCGGCGUUGGAUUUACUUGAGCCCAACACGAGCCUCGAGGGUUCAUGCUGACAAACAGCUGAAGCGAAAAUAUACGCCCACGAUAUAAAUAUCGAUUUCAUCAUUCACACUAAAUAAAUGGUCUUAAUUUAACUAAAUUUGUACUUAUCAACAAUAUAGUAAUAUGUGUGUUGAUCCAAACUGUAGGAUACGCGACAGUAGCUGGUUUUACAGCUGAUAGUGCCUUUAGGUAACCAGAAUGGUUCACAAAUAAUACAUUCCUCCGAGUGGGGAAUAAUGGUAUUGUGACUCAUUAACAAUUGGUCACUGAAAUGUUGAAAUUUAACAAUAGGCGACCGCUAAAGGGUCACUAAAACUUCUACCUGUUCAUCUAUUGUUUUCGUCGGCCCAGUCUCGUCUCCAAUACCCCCGUUCACUGACUGAUACUGAUAAAUGGGGAUUGCUUUUAAACUAGCUGAUUUAUCGGUAUUUUUGGCAAUCAAAGAAAAUUAAUUCAUGUACCUUCUAAUUUACGUCACUGAACUAAUCUUUAAAAUAUAAUUAUCUUUUUUGUAUGAAAAUUUGAGACACGUAUGAGGAGAAAGAAAAAUAAAUCGUAUGUGUGAUGUAAGAAUGUAGUAGAGAAGGUGAGGCAUUUUAACAAUGUGACAGAGUACGGUAUGGUAUUAGAAGGGUUAUUAAACAUCUUAUAAAUUAAAUACAUAGUUGAACAAAAACAAAACUAGCUUUCCAAUUGAAAAAGGUCCCACAAUGUUCUGCUCCUUCAUUAUCAACUCCUCAGACGUUAAUUUCCAACUAUUAGUAUUUUAUUCGUAAUUUGUCAUUGGAGUCAGAUGUCAAUUUAUUUCUCAUUCAAUACAUUCAAUAAGGUGAAACUUUUAUUGUAAAAUAUAUUUGGAUUGGGAAAAUGGACUGAACAAGAUUACCUCCAUCCUAAUAUGACAGCCAACGAAUUAAAUGAAAUUAUUAAUCUAUAUUGAAAACUUUAUUAUUAAUCGUUCAUGUAUAAAAAUGCUCUCUUCGAAUUUUCUUGAAUUUACUUUCAACAAUAUAACUUACUGAAUAACAUUUUAAAGUAUUUUAUCGGAUAAGUAGUGUUCUUAGGUCGAAUAAUAAUAUUAAUUUCAAGUAUCAUUUAUUGGAUUAGGAUAAAUUAAUUUAUAAAUGUGUGUGGUGUUUUAGUGUUUCUAGAAUAAAAUGGAAUGUUUAGUAGUUUCAUUGUACAGUCAUUUUUGUAUUUUUUAUUUCUAAUGUCUUGAGUAAUAACAGAUUCUCAAGUAAAGUAAGCUGCAGAUAAAUACUGAGAUGCAAAUAACUAUUGGAAAAUUGGUUUAGUUGAGACGAUUAAAACAGGAACAAUCAUCAUUGAAACCAAGUACAUUGAAUUGGACAGCAACUCUUGAAAAAUGUUUAAUUUUCAAAUUUGUAGAUAUAAUAGAAUAAUUUGAAGAACCGAAAAGACAAACCAAUUGACAUUUAGCGAAAGUGUAUGACUGAUAUUGAUUUUUCAAAAACAGUUGUGACCAGCGAUUGUCAUUUCAAUAAUUUGAGAGAAUGCCGCGCUAACUGCAGGGAUAAUCACCCCCUUUGAAGUGUGAUUUUUGAAAUAAUCACAUCAUAUUGAAAUUACGCCCAUCCUCAGCUGCCUCCAAGUGUUGCUCAACUUUUGAAACAGUCCACUAAUUCUUGGAAUUUUAUUAAAAAAGUUAUUCAGUUCAAGUCUUUUUAUUCAUAAUAAUUAUCUAUGCAUAAAUAAUGAAUUAAUUCAAUUUCACAGAAUACCCUACAGGGAUUGGGUCAAGCUGAGAUACUCAGCUUGUAAUCCGGGACCAAAACUUCUUCAAUAUUAUUGUUUUCAGAUUAUUUUUCAUUGGCUCAAAUGAUCCAUAACGCGUUAUAUUUAACUAUUUCAUGGUAAUGUCACCUUUAGUAUCUGUUUAAUCUCCUGAGGUUUCACUAAAUGUACUUGGUUUCGAAUUUCUUUAUAAAUUUAUCUCAAAAAAAAAUAAUUGCAUCUCUUGAAAUCUGCAGUCGAAUUAAAAGUGAGGUAUUUUUUCUUUUUCUAAUGAAGUAAUUAGUUAUAUAAUGUAAUACAUAUACAAGGAUACAUAUAUAUUAUAAAUAAAUAUAUUAUUAUAUAAAGAUUUUAACCGAUAAACUGUGACAGAUGAUCUAUAUAUUUACAUUGCCUACUCAUUAAAGUAAUAAAAGUAGCUUUAUGAAUUAAGUCAUGAUAAAAUUUUCUGUGUUGUCUUAAUUUAUUAUAUUAUUUAAGUAAGUUCUCUACAAUCACAUCAGUUCUUCAAAGUAUUUAUUGGAUGAAUUGAUAUAAAAACUUCGUGUUUAAACUUUGUCAUUGCAUUGCACAGCUGGAAUAUUUAAGAAAUCUUGUACCGUAUUUAACAUUUCAAAGUCAUUUUAGUAAAUUUUCAAGAUCUAGUUCUCCAAAUGAAAUUGGACGCUCUGCGCUUCAAUCUGCAAUAAUUUGUGACCUCCCUUUGAACAUGAUUAGUUUCUAGAAGACCUAUGUCCCAAGUCCUCUAUUUCUAAAUGAAAAAAUUCAUCAAUUUAUUAUUGAAUUCAGUAGACCAAUAUUUUCAAAGAUGGUGAAUAAAAAUAUUCCAAGUGAUUGCAAUGAUAUUGAAAAGUGCUCAGAGUUCAAUUAUUUAUCACAAUACAGUAGUCGGCUGAGAAUAUUUUGUUAAGUUAUUUUAUUUAUUUAUCUAUCUAGGACAAUGUAUUAGCAUAAUUAUGUUAAAUUAUAAUGAUUUUCAUAUUAUACAUUUAAAAUGUAUUCGUUCAACAUUAAAA